AUGAAGGUCUUCGCCUCAAGUUGCACGUUUGAUUACUCAUGGGAGGAGGUGUCUACUGCCAACUGGCGGAAGUACUGUCCGUGGAAUGAUAAAUCGACACACGUUGUUGCUGUGGAUAUUCUCUCCCGGACGCUGCAACCUGAUACCGGCAUUUUACGAACAGAACGUCUGAUAACCUGCAACCAGUCCGCCCCGCAGUGGCUCCUAACACUAUUCGGUGGCAACGCCACCUCCCACGUAUACGAAGUCUCAUACGUUGACCCCGUCUCAAAACGAGUGACAAUGUGCUCAACGAACCUGACAUGGUCGAAUGUUCUCAAAGUCCGGGAAACGGUCACCUACCAGCCAUCCCGGGGUGCCCCCAACGCCAAGACAGAGUUCAAGCAGGACGCACAGAUAACCGCCGUCUGCAGCGGGUGGCAGAAGAUAAAAAACAAAGUCGAAGAAGCGAGCAUCGAACGAUUUAGCCAGAACGCUAUGAAGGGACGUGAAGGUUUCGAAGCAGUCCUCGAAAUGAGUCGGAGGGUAUUUGGGGAACAGCGGGAAUGGGAGGCGAGGAAGCAGGCGCAAUAA